CUUUCACAGUGCGAGAGGGUGAGCUGUCAGCAGUGAGCUUCUCACUCUCAUUCACCUCCCUCUUUUUUGUUUCACCCCCUUUUUACUGACUUCCUUCUGAUUUUAAGAAGACGGUGAGAUCCUCUGAGCGAGAGUAGAAAAAGAAAGGGAGCGGAGAAUAAGAGAAGAAAGGUAAAACCAUGUGUUGUACAGGGAAGUGUGCCCGCCUGGUGGGCCUGAUCCUGCUGCCUUCAGCCUUCAUCUGCAUGAUCUCCAACUUGCUGCUGUUCUUCCCUGACGGGAAGAGUUUAGAAAAUGAUCAGAUCUCCCUCCAGGUCUGGCUCAUGGGGGGGCUCAUUGGAGGAGGCCUCUUUAUGCUGUGCCCGAGCUGUUCAGCUAUCAGGGCUGGGGGCAAGGGUUGCUGCGGAACAGGUUGCUGCGGCAACCGUUGCAGGAUGUUGAGCUCUGUGUUCUCUUCUGCAUUUGGCCUGGUUGGAGCCAUCUACUGCACCAGUGUGGCCUCAGCAGGUCUGGCUAUUGGACCCAAGUGUCGGCUGGCCAAUGACAAGUGGGAGUACCCUUUUGAAAAUCUGGGCACGGGUAACACCAGCUACCUUGUAAACCAGACCCUGUGGACAAUCUGCACCUACCCUAACAAUGUAGUGAUGUGGCACGUCGUGCUCUUCUCCAUCCUGCUGUCCAUGGGUGUGCUGCAGAUGGUGCUCUGCGGCAUCCAGGUGGUCAACGGCUGCUUGGGAUGCAUCUGUGGGGACUGUCGCGACAGCAAAGAUGAUGAUGGUGGGUUGUAAAUGUGAAGAAGAUCACCCUGCUCUGUGGGUCCAGGGUCCCUGUGAAGCAUGAUGAGAUUUUCUUUUGAUACUCCUUAAUGCUUAAGCCUUAAGCCUUACUCCAUUAUUGUGUGAAUUUUAUUCUUGCUGAUGGUUUGUGUGUAUUGCUUGACUUUCCUCUUGACUUCUUCAUUCAAACAAAUACUGAAUUAGCGCUGUUGUGAAGGGUUCACAGGACAGAUAUGGCACAAACUGUAAUUGUAAAUAAUUGUUUGCUUUAUAGACACAUCAAGUGACUGUGAUGACACAAGGGGAUGAAUUUGAAAUUUUCAUUAAAUGUUAUUUGCUGUUUUGUAAGGAUUGGAUUUGUGUAUCAUUAGUAAAAUGUGUCUGACCAUCAACAUUAAAAAGAAAUUCUCAAUUA